AUGGCGCCGAUCAAGGUUCUUCCGAUGGCCCUCCUGGCCAUCCUAAACGGGGUGGCCGCCCGCGACAUUUUCGUGUCCCCAAGCGGCACCGGCUCCGGUACCCAGACGGCCCCAUACGGAUCAAUACAGUCGGCCGUCAAUGCUGCUGCAGCCGGCGACACCAUUUACCUCCGUCAAGGCACCUAUGCGCCUUCUGCUAAUAUCCAGUUCUCUACUAGCGGAACUGCCACGUCUCCCAUUUCCGUGCGACCUUACCAGGGGGAGAAAGUCAUCAUUGACGGCGAGAACAUGCCCGGCACCCCCAAGGACCUAGACGAAUCGUUGCCUAACUCUGAACGAGGUAUCUUUCACAUCCAGAACGCCAAUUACUGGGCUUUCUACGACCUAGAUGCUGAGCAAUCCCACAGGUUAAUAAACGGCCCUUACGGCAUCUACGCUCGUGAUGCUUCCCACAACUACUAUAACGGUCUGUCAACUCACGACAACUACGAGACGGGCUUUCAGCUCGAAGGCGCCUCGUCGAACAACACUGUCCUCAACCUGGACUCCUACCUCAACCGUGAUCCGCGCAAGAACGGCGAGAGCGCUGACGGGUUCGCGUGCAAGUCGGGCGAGGGCGAGGGCAACGUGCUGCGGAACGCCCGGCUCUGGGACAAUGUCGACGACGGCCUCGACCUGUACAUGUUCGCAUCCCCCGUCACCAUCGAGGAGGUCUACUCGUGGGGCAAUGGCUACAACCGCUGGGGCUUCAGCCCGUUCGAGGGCGACGGCAACGGGUUCAAGCUGGGCAUCACGGACAACCCGCCCGCAAACCAUGUCAUUCGCAACUCCAUUGCGUUCGGGAACUUCAAGAAGGGGUUCAUCGAUAACGGGAAUCCGGGAUCGUUGAAAUUUGAGCGAAACACGGCGUGGAACAACGGCGAUACGGGUUUCGUUAUGCGUAGCUCUUCGUCCAAGAUGACGGGGAACAUUGCUGCUGUCAAUGUUGGGAGCGCGCAAGUCAGCCUGGUUAGCACUGUGACUGCAACGGGCAAUUCGUGGAACUCGGGAACCUGGUCCAACAGCUCUUUCGCGAGUGUUGAUGCGUCUGUAUUGAAGGGGGCGAGAGGCUCGGACAAGAAGGUUCAGGGCAGCAACUUUUUGAUUCCCGUGUCCGGGCAGGCUAUUGGUGCUACAACUCUUGCUGAGGUAUGA